AUGUUAAGAGUUGGCACAAAGCAGCGGUUUGCAAAGACGACUCUUUCAUUUUUCGGUAAACGUACUAAGAUGGGUAGUUCUGCUGCUGGUGUCGCUGCCCAAGAACCUCCGGUCUUGUUCAACGUCAAUGACAAGGCUCGUGUUGUGACGUUGAAUCGCCCAGCAAAAUUGAAUGCCCUCAAUACACAGAUGUGCACGUUGAUGUUCCAAACUCUGAAUGAGUACUCGAAAUCAGAUUCGGCGAAUCUAAUUAUCAUAAAGUCAUCUAAUUUCCCAAGAUCUUUAUGCGCAGGGGGUGAUGUAGCAUCAGUGGCAAUGGACAACCUGGCCGGUGAAGCCAAGAGGUCUGUCGAGUUUUUCACUUCCGAAUAUUCGUUAAAUUACCAAUUGGCUACUUUCAACAAGCCCACCAUUUCAAUAAUGGACGGCAUUACUAUGGGGGGCGGUGUUGGGGUAUCGAUACAUUCUCCUUUCCGUAUUGCCACAGAAAAUACCAAAUGGGCUAUGCCUGAGAUGGACAUUGGGUUCUUUCCAGAUGUUGGCACAACUUUUGCUCUACCCAGGGUGCUCACACUAGCAAACUUACAUGGACAAAUGAGUCUGUACCUGUGUUUGACGGGAGAUGUUUUGAGUGGUGAAGAUGCGUAUAUGCUGGGAUUAGCCUCGCACUACGUAUCUCACGAAAACCUCAAGGAACUCGAAGUUCGGUUGAGCGAAAUUGAUGCACCCGAUGUCGUUGAACUAAAUGACGCCAACACCGGCCCCUCCGCUUUAUACGACAUGAUUGACCGUUCAAUUAAAGAGUUUGGACAGCCCAGAUUUCCACCGAACUAUAAAUUUAGGUUUUCCGAUGCACAAUUGAGUGUAAUUGAGAAAUGCUUCGAUAUUAAGAAAUUGACCAGUGUCGAAGACCUGAUCGCUAGCUUGGAGGCAUUUUACAACGGUUCCGCUGAAUCCAAGACUUUUGCCAAUGAGGUAAAAGAUAGAUUAAUGACGAAGUCUCUUUCAUCGAUGGGUGUUGCCCUUCGGUUGCUGCAAGAAAAUUCGAAGGACCACGUAGAGUCGGCCAUCAGACGGGAUUUAUUCACGGCUGCGAAUAUGUGCUACAAUUUUGAAGGUUUGUGCGAGUUCUCUGAAGCUACAAAGCAUAAAUUAGUGGAUAAGUCUAGAACACCGUACCCCUGGAAACUAGACAAGCCAUUGACAAGUUCCCAGGUAACCUCUUUGACGUCUAUCAAACCAUCUAUCACUGCGAAUUUGUGGCCUAAUAACGUCAAUGUUACCUGGAAGGAUUACCCAUUUCACCUGAACUACCAGUUACCUACUGAAAAACUUAUUGAACAGCAUAUCAAAAAGAGUGAAGGGAACGGAAAACUCGAUCUUGCUAAUUUUCAGAACAGCUUACUCAACGUAAACCCCAAUACAAAAGACAAGUUAGGAAUGAAAAUGAUCCUCGACAACAUAAUCAGAAGGAAAUGCACCGAAGUAGACAAAGCUAUCAGGUGGGUUGAAUGA